AUGGAUUUACCUCCACUUUCCAGGGAACAACUUGCCACAGUGCUCAAAUCCAGUCGUUCACCAACAGAGCUCUACAAUACUUUGGUGGAGUAUGAAGGCGAGGCUUGUUUAAUGUCAACAGCUGAUAGCGAUGUAUCGGAGCUCCUCAGUCUAUUCUACUCGACCUUUUUCUUUGCGCAUCUUCUGACAGAUCAAAUAUACGAAGCUCGCGCGAUGACUCAACGAAUGCCACAAGGACUGUCGCAAAAUGAUCCGUCGCUCCAGAAUUGCCUGACUCUAUUACGGGCUGUUUGGCAGAGGAAAUAUGAGUCGAUCUACAAAAUCUUAAGAGAGCUACCCUGGCCAGAGCUCCUGCGUCCGGCGGUAGAAAACUACGAGACAUAUUUUCAAGAGAAAACAUUGAAAGAAGUCAGCCAUGCCUACGAAGCGAUACGGCCUGCAACAGCUGCGAAUUAUCUCGGUCUCGAUACUGCUGCAGCAGAGCAGGGCGACCCCACAGUGAUACAGAAAUUCACUGCAGUUGGUUGGAUAUGGGAUGAAAGCACAAGACUAUUACACCCUAAACCUAUCCCCAUGGCACCAGAAAAGGACACUCGGUUAUACGAUGAAGUGAGUCAAAUCAUGGCAUUGGUUGGGAAGCAUGGGGUUUAA